AUGUUUCGUGCUCGCUCUCUGGUACGUGCCCUGGGAGUAGCUGUUUGUCUAUUGUUGGCGGCGACGUUUUCCGUUUCGCUUGUGGCUGCGUUGUCGCCUGUGAGUACGGUUAGCUGGACCUGGAUAGGUGGAGAGACGGGUGUCAAUAAUCCUGGUAAUUAUGGAACGCUGAACCAGACUUCAGCAGAUAGUGUUCCAGGAGGCCGUUCCGAUUCAGCAGCCUGGGUCGGAAGUUCGAGCUUGGUAUACUUGUUUGGCGGGCUUGGGUAUGGAAACCCAUAUCUGAGCUACUUUAAUGAUCUAUGGACCUUCAACUUGACCUCAUAUGAAUGGACGUGGAUAGGAGGUUCCUCAGAAACCGACCAACCAGGAGUGUACGGCACAGUCGGCACAGGCAGCCCAAAUAGUAUACCCGGCAGCCGUUACGGAAGUGCGUAUUGGCAGACGGACGAGCACCAUUUUUGGUUGUUUGGAGGACUCGGCUUCGAUGUGAACGGUAAUCAGGGCGAACUGAACGACAUGUGGCGGUACGAUACUGAAACGGGAAUCUGGACGUGGUUCAGUGGGAAUGAUACUUUUAACGCCAAUCCAGUCUAUGGACCGAAGGAUAUCUACAGUCAAAUUUACAACCCCGGAGGCCGAGGUAGCGCGGCAUUCUGGCUAGGCGCGGACGGUUUGUUUUGGAUUUUUGGUGGUGCGCGUAUUGCGUAUGAUCUUCUGUCAGAUCUCUGGUCAUUCAACCCUGUUACAUUCGAAUGGGCAUACAGAGGCGGAUCACAACUUGUUAACCAGCCUGGUAACUAUAGCGCACCUGGCGUGGCGAGCAACUCAAAUGCCCCAGGUGCGCGCGGCUUCUCGCAUACGUGGACAGAUUUUGAAGGAAAUCUCUGGUUGUUCGGCGGCUAUGGCUACGGAAACAGCACAGCACUAGGGCAAGGCGAAUUGAAUGAUCUCUGGGUCUACAACAUAAGCCAAUCCGUAUGGAUUUUUAUCACAGGGAAUACCACUAUUAACAAUCCAGGAUCAUAUGGAAAUCUCGGUGCUUUCUCCCCAACCAGUUACCCAGGUGCAAGAUUCUCAGGCGUAAGUUUUGUGGAUCCUUUGGGUAAUCUACAGCUGUUUGGCGGUGCGGGACUCGCCAAUACAAGCGAAUCCUUUGGCAAUUUGAACGAUCUUUGGGUAUUUGAUAUCACACUUGGUCAGUGGGCGUGGAUCAAUGGAAGCCAAAGUGUGGAUGCUCUUUCAGUAUAUGGAGUUUUGAACGAAUCCGACCCGAGUGUUGUACCUGGUGGUCGCUUUGGACCAGCUUUCUGGAACACCAGUGGGACUGAUCCGCUCAUAUUUGGUGGAAGUGGAUUCUCGAACACGAGCAGAGGUGGCUUUCUCAAUGAUGCCUUCGCUUUGAGAGAAACGUUCUUUACGCCUACCUCUACGCCUACGCCAACAUCAACGCCAACUCUGACACCUACAAUUACGGCAAAUGCUACUGCGACCCCGACACCCACGCUGACACCUACACCAGUCUGCACCAUUGAGAUCUGCGGCUCUCCAGGACAGUACACCAACCAGGACGCUUGCGAGCAAGUCGGAUGCUGCUUCAACUCCCAGACAAACGCGUGCACCCUGAAGAGCGUCUCAGUGGCGUGCAGCGCUGUUCCAGUGACGCAGCGCGUCCCCUGCGGCUGGAGCUACAUCUACCCCGACGAGUGCACUGCGAUACCGGGAUGCUGCUGGCAGCCCACAGCGAACGGCAUCCUCGCGCCCUGGUGCUACUACGACAUCAACCAUGCACCGCAGGCUUCUGUAGCGCUGCAGGAGGUGCAGGCACCAGUACCCGUCUGCCCGUCACCGGGAGCGCAGCGCCAGCCGUGCGGCAACGCGGGUAUCAACCAGUUUACAUGCUAUGCCCAGGGCUGCUGCUACGACUCGCAGGCGCAGAACCAGUGGGUGCAGAACGGCAAGCAGCAGAGCGACUUUGAGUCGAACCCGUACUGCUUCCAGCCCGAGAAGACGUGCGCGGUGGGCGAGUUUGAGCGCCAGCCGUGCACGAAUGCGGUGAAUCAGAACCAGCAGCUGAACAAUAACAUCAACAAUAACCAGUUUGUGCGUCUGCUGAACACGCUGCUGUACGGAGAGCAGCAUCGGACGCAGCGCACGAGCUACUCGCCGCAGCAGUGUCUGGAGGCUGGUUGCUGCCUGGGGCUCGGCAACGAGUGCUUCCAGCCGAUGACCGAGUACGUGUGCCAGACCUACGGGUACGUCUCGAACUCGCUGAGCGGCACGACCGGCAACGUGUCGAACUCGAGCUAUAUUGCUUGCGGCCCCGAGUGCUGCAACGCCGAGACGCAGAACUGUACGUACAACCCCUUCAGCAACAACAACAACCAGCAGCAGCAGCAGCAAUUGCAACAACAGCAACAACAACAGGUGCUGCUGCCGUCAUUCUGUGUGUGCAAGGACCCAACGAAGCAGUGCGGGACGUACCUGAUCCCUUCGGAUAACCUUGUGAACAAGGUGCGUUGCUGCCGCGCUGACGAGGAGUGCAUCAACAACCAGUGUGUGGUGAUUAGUCCAACACCGACUCCGAGUCCCGUGGCUGUGACAGCGACACCCUCUGCGACGGUGUCUGCAACAGUCUCUGCGACAGCUUCUGCGACGGUGUCUGCGAGUGCAUCAACGAGUGCAUCAGCGAGUGCUUCAGUUUCAGCUUCUGUGUCGACGUCUGCGAGCGCCUAG